AUGUCGAAAACGUUCGUCGACUUUCUGCCAAAUGCUUUUAUGGCUGGCAUUGGGGCUUUCCUGGAUUCGUCCAUCGACGACUUUUUCGUCUCAGUCUUUGGGGCCGAAAGUAGAUGGAAAUGGAACGGUAAAUAUAUUGAGGUUACUGUAUUUUUGCUAUGGUUUUACUUAUAUUGUACUUGAUGUACUUGGGUCAAAAUUCAUUUUUUUUCGAAAAAUGAAAAUAAAAUUUAAAAAAUUGUAGCAAAAUUCGGAAUUUAAAAAUUUUUUGGAAUUUAAAAUUUUUAGUGGGUAUGUUAUCUGUAAACGUAUUUUACAGUAACCUUUUAUUUUUCAGCACGAACAAGUGGUAUAGUACUGGUAGCUUCAGUAGGAUCGUAUUGUGCCUAUAGGAUAUGUAGUAAAUACUUUGGCAAUGGCUUUGUAUGGACAUUGCUGGAUUCGACCAGACUUGAUCAGAUCCCCAGAGCUGACAGCCGGCUUCUUCAUCCUGCUGCUGAGGUAAGGCAUUUGUUGAUAUUCUUAAUGGUUAGAGGGGGUUUUUAUUAGGUUGUUCACGUAAUUCUGUGCCUUUUACUUCCUAAAAUUUGCUUUGAGAGAGGGUACAGAAUUUGGUAAACAAACUAUUACAUUAAUACGUGAUCUUAAGUUGUAGAACACCGUUGAAGAUUGUUAUAGGUGGUUUAAUAUAAGGUUAAGCUUAGGAAUAGUGCUUUAUACCCUAAAAGAAGCCUAUUUAUGUCACGGUAUACGAUGAAACUAAAGUAAACACAAAAACAUGAUUGUACAACACAUUUCCUUUUAAUUUUAUUGUUAUACGAAAAGAGAAACGACCGUAAACGAAACUUUGAUUAAAGUGUCAACCAGAAUAUCGCUUAUUUUAUGGCGACAAGGAACCGUUUCAAGCUUCUGAGUCUAAAAUACGUUGGACUCAACUCUGAAUCUUGAAUACCUUCAACUCAAGUUAUUUUUGUCUUGGGUUUUCUAUAGUGCUACCAAAUUUUAAUGAGUAGAUUCAUUGGUACAAGUUUUUUAUGAGUUUUUUAAUUUUUUUUAUGAUGGGAGGGCAAGUUUGUUACCUAAAAUAAUAAUAUUACAAAUUUUUAUUACGCAUUUGUAUUCUGAAUCCUGAAGAAAAGCUGUAGCUGCGACAGAUGAUCUGUAGCUGUUGUUAAAGCCAAUGUUAGCUAGUUUUCAUAAAGAAAGGUGAAAACCCAUUUGAAGGUAUAUGUAGUUUACUAGGAAUGACUUAUAAGAUAUUGUUUGUAUUACUUUCCUCUUUCUAUUAGGUUGUUCAAUUAAUCCGGUUCUUCCUUUCAAAACAAUUCUUCAAGGCACAGAAUUUGAACAACCUAAUAUUACUCUAAUAUUAAGUUGCUCAAGUUUUACUACAAGCUUCUGUACAUUGUUGACCUUGAAGUUCAGCUUAAUUUGCAUAUUCGUAUCAAAGCUCAGAAGCUUAGCGAUGUCACUUGCUCGAUGACACGAUGUCACUCGAACUUUAUGGAUAAUAUCCAAAGCUAAAAGAAAGGGCUUAUUUAGUAUAGUUACAAAAGGAAUGUCUCUUCUGAAGCUCAUCGUUUCUAGAUUCCUCUUUCAAAUAGCGAUCGUAUACGAUGACUUACGUAUAUAAUGCAUCUUCCGCCUUUGCAUAACGAAUUCUCACUUUUGUCGCUCUUUAAGAGGGUUUUUAGUAAAGUGAGGUGAUUGUGGGGUGGUAUUGUUGUGGGAGUACGGUGAUCGAAAUGGUAUAGAGUGGGAAGGAGUAAUGGGGGUUAAAGGAGGAUGAUAUAUUCUUGUAACGUCUUUUUGGUGCCAGUAAGUAUUUUUAUGUACUGUUAUAGUGUUUCCGCAGUUUAUAAUAGCAAUAGGAUACAUUUAGUUUUUUUUAACGUUAUUACUAUGUAAAGACCUAUAUUAUAGUACUUGUAGGCUGUGAAGAGUAAAGAUAUUUUAGAAAAAUCUUAACCACAAGGAAUGUCUCGUAUUUUACGCUUCUUAAAGAUAAAUUUAGAUAAAAUUUUGUUUUUAAAAGACGAAUAAAGUCAAGUUGAAAAUAUGCUUUUAUAUAAUAACACAAUACAGCCUACGGCAGUUCUUCAAUGAUGACAUAAGCGGCACAGUAGGCUUUUUUCGUGGAAAAACCGGUAAAACUUGAAACGAAAUAGGUGAAUUCUCAAACACUGUUCCCAAUUCUGAACCCAGUUUAUAUUGAAAUGGUGUAUUUUGGUCUACAGAACUUGGAGUCGAAAAGCUUACUUUAGAUUUUAGUGUUAAAGAGGCUUACAAUUAGGUUUUUGCAAGGUUAACACCUUUUUUGCUGCAAAAUUAGGGUAAAAGCUGUGUAAAAUGACAAAAUUUUGUCGAAAAGUAGCUACAAUAAGGUUCUUUUUUGAUUUAUCUUUUUGGUCUUUGAACGACAUAGUUUAAAAAGCUUUUUUAAUAUGAUAUAUACCAGUAUUUACUAUAAUAUACACCAGUUUUACACUCAAAUUUCUGACCAUACCGGUUCAACAUCCACGCUCACUUUGCCGUGUCGCUUCAUGUCACUCAAAGUGCAAACAGUUUUAACCGUUUGAGAAUAAGGUCACCACACCUGUUUGUCGAACGUCGUGACUACAACCUCAUGUUAUGGUAGGGAUCAUAACCGUUUUGUCAAGUUCGAAGCGAAAAGGGUCAUGUUCAAGUGGUUGAGGAAGGGAGCUGAACUCUGGUUUUGGGUUUCUGUUUAAUGGCCUUGUUUUAUUUACAGACUCUGGUGUUUGAAUGUGUUUUUGCAAUAUAAUGUCGUUUUUUGAACUUUGGAUAUUUUUAAAAUUUGAAAUAAGAUUGGACGGAUCAAGUGCAAUAUCAAGUUGUUAGACUUUUGUUCUAUGCCAUUUUUAUUUCAACAAAUUUAAGAUUUUAAAUUUUAUAUUACCUUUUUACCACUCUUGCGCGAUUGCCCUAAAAAUUAAUUUAAAUUUUGAUUUUUGGCGCCAAAGUAGCAUCGGCCGAACGGAAUGCCAGAGGAUUUCUCCUGUUUCCCGAGAAAUUGCCCAAAUGGGUGUAGAUUUCACGAAAUGGGUGUCCAAUUAUGUCAAUCUUGUUUGAUACGAACAUAUUAUAGGUUGUAUAAGGUUUUAAAGGUUUGUUAAACACUUAAAAUUAUAUUACUAUAGGUAAUAAAUGGUGUUUUUGCAUUAAAAUAGACGAAAACUUGUAGAAAUAGGUAUAGAAUGUGUAUAAAAAGGGUUUAGCAAGUUAGACAUAGGGUUUUAGUGUAUUUUAACAACAGUUUUACUUAAUUUUAUCAAUCAUUUUCUUUUUCAGGGCUUUUUCUAUCCAAGGAGGUCAGGAGAUUCAGAAGACGAACCACACAAGAAAUUAGCUUCGUUGAAGCCGAUUCAAGCUGAAUCAGGUAGAAAGUACAAGAUCUCGGCUACACGGUCAGGAUCACCGAUUAGGAUAUUGUGUGAUGGCGAAGGAUUGAGGAAACGGCCAUCUAAAAAGGGAUUAGAAGGUAUAAGUCAAGAUGCAAGUGUUAAGAAGAGCAUUACCACACGGAUUGCUGGACUGGGAGAUGAUUUGGAUAAUAUUGAGUAAGUUUUUUGUCUUUUUGUUGUGUUUUUGUUGAUUUUAGGUAACAAAAUUGUGCUAACGUUUAGAAAUUGUCAUUUUGUCUAGUAUAAUGUAGGGAAAUUGAAGAAAAAUUGUUGAAAUGUGGCAAAAUUUGUACCUUUUGGUAAAGAAGAAGCUGUAAUAGGUAUUUUUUAAGAUGAUAAAAAUAAAAAAUCUUAGUUUUUAUUAAUAAUUCUUUAAAAUUGCAAAAAUAUUACGUUUUUAGUGCGAAAUCAGACCUAACAUCGAUAAGUCGAGUCGUCCCAGCAUCGAUUGUUUCCAAUGCCAUUUAUGAUGUAGAUGGAGAUCUAUUAGACGAUCUUCCGGAUGAGUAUCCGUCUUCCCAAUGCAGUGUCAAGUACACGGAAUCAGAAGCUGGCUGGGAGGAGGAUUCGUUCACUCACGGAUUCUCUGCCAUGAAUCCAUGCUUUUCUGGAUCGCCUACACCUUCAGACAUUAGUAAUCUGUCUUGUGUGAAGAAUCUGAAGAGGCUACUGCAAGAAAAAGGAGAUGUGUCGACUUCGGCAUCUGUUGUAUUGGAAAAAGUGAGUUUAUGACGUGGUUUGUAUUAUUUUAGGUAGAUUAUGUGAUCAAAAGGUUUUUUAUUUGAGUACAAGAUGCGUUUUAAUGUGGUAUAGUUGACUAUAUUAAUAUUUUGAUAAAUUUUGAAGCAAAUAGCAUUAAAAACAUCUCAUAUAACGUAUUUCAGCUGAACACAUCCAACAUGUCUACAAUAUCGGAUAUGGAGGACAAUUGUUCAGGUCUUCACAACAUUGCCGAGAUGAUUCAAUCUAAAUGUUCAGCACAGAAUGUUCAGUAUAUGUAUGAAAGUGUACACCUUGGCGAUGCCAGCACGUCUUUUGAUACGAUGUCAGUUAUGAGCUUCCAAAGCACAUCUAGUUUCAGACGAAUGGCAAAGCCUAAAGGGUAAGUUUUUUGGAAGUUUAUUACAACAUUUAUUACAAUUGUGAGGUUUUAUAUUGAAGUAAAGGUAAUUAUGAAUGUUAUUACAAUAAAUUUUUUCAUUUUUAAAUUGAUAAACGAUUAUUUUAUGCUAAUAUCUUAUUUUUUAAACCUAUUUUAACGAUAUUAUUUUAGAUUGUAUGACUUAACUACAAGGCCUUCUCUCUCCCCAACGCCUUCAACGUUCUCUCGUCGUUCUUCGAUCAAGGUCCGAUCUCCAUUGGCCGUGUCUUCUCAGAAUGUCGAGAAGUCAUUUCAGGUCAAGCCAACGAUUGUGACCAUAACUGACGAGGGCGAUGUGAAGAAUGUGAUGACAGAUUCGUGUUUUAGCAGGAGUUCAUUCAGCUCCAAUCCGGGGUAAGAGAUUUUAAAUUUCUUUAAAAGUAUUUUAAAAAGUUUUAUAAAAGUGCACUAUAAAUCUGCACUUUUAUGACGUUUUAAAGUUUCUGCAUAGUAUGAGGUCUUUAUGUUGUUUAACAUGUUAUAAUCGUUAUUGUAAUGUAAAAGUAAUUUAAAUGGCUGUAAUAAUUGAAUAAAUGUGUUUUAGGGUAUUUCGACGAUCAACAAUGUUUGAUUCAGGACUAUCGACGGAUUUCACAUCAGAAGACGACAGGUCGAGCAUAGGUGGAUGUUCCAGAGCUAAUGGAAUGUCAUAUGAAGGCGCAACGGGUAAUAAGUAAGCUUUUAAAGUGUAAAACGAGGGUGUAAAAAGUCUCGGCGAUUUUGGACCGGAAAAUUAAUAUAGAUUGGCGACAAGACUUUUUAUAUUUAUAGUUGUGGACUAAUAUUGACAUUGGAGCGUCAGUUUUUUGUUCAAAUAGUUAUGUACCUUCUUUCAAAGCAAAUUGUAGGGGGUGGGAGCACAGAAUUAUAUGAACAACCUAAUAUUUAUGGUUUUAAGUAUUGAAGUCUUAAUUGAAGGUAAUAGAGCUACCUAUACCUAUUUGAAAGGUUAGUACAAGUCUACUUUUUCCAGAAUGACAUGGCUAGACAAGAUCCUCGAGCAGAACACUCCACAAAGCUCUCCCAAACACACUCCACGAUCGGUUACAGGCUCAGUAGCCUCGAUCAACAUCUCUGCCCCCGACUUUGAAUGGGAAGACGACCCUACCCUUACUGUAGAUGGAACCGAAGUUUGA